AUGCUCCGCUUCCUAGUGGUCGCGUUGGUCAUCACCGUCUUCCUUGCUGGGAUCGUUGUGCUCGUCUUCUGGCUCGUUGUCUGGUCGAAGCCCAUCGAGUAUAUCGUCACGCGCGCCGUGGUGCGCCACUUCAACGUCACGCCGCCGCCCGGCGCCACAGUCAUCGUGACGUUCUACCUAACCCUCGCUGCCAACAACCCGAACCGGCGCGUGUCGGUGAUCUACGACUGGGUCGAGUUCUACGUGCUCUACGGAGAGGCCGUGCAGCUGGCUGUCGCCAACGCGCCGGCGUUCCGCCAGCCCCACCGCAACGAGACGCUGCUGGACGUGCGCGCCAUGGCGCGGUCGGUGCCGAUCGCGGAGCAGACCGCGCGGGAGCUGGAGCACGACCUGGCGGCUGGCGAGGUGGCCGUCGACGUCCGGGUGCGCGCGGGGGUCCAGUUCAAGGUCGCCGGCCUCAAGACCAGGCACUGCUCCUUGCAGACGUUCUGCUCGCCGGUGGUCAUCAGCCUGUCGCCGUCGUCGGCGUGGUCGUUCUAA